CAUAUAUAGCUUCUAUAAAUGCUUCUCUUUCCUCUCGAAUAAUCUUCCCUCAUUUCUACACUCACCUUCCUCUCUACAUAAACCCUAUCUCUGCUUCACUCUUCCUCAAACUCUCUCUUUAUUCUAGUUCUCUCUCUCGCUGCUCUGUUCUUUCUCUCUCUCUCUUUCCCUCUCCCUCUCUCUAAUAGGAAAAUAUGACGGUGGUGAGAGAGUACGACCCGAGCCGAGACUUAGCCGGCGUGGAAGAUGUGGAGCGACGGUGUGAGGUCGGACCAAGCGGCAAGCUUUCUCUCUUCACCGACCUUUUGGGUGACCCGAUUUGUAGGAUCCGACAUUCACCUUCUUUCCUUAUGUUGGUGGCUGAGAUGGGUACGGAGAAGAAGGAGAUAGUGGGCAUGAUUAGAGGUUGCAUCAAAACCGUUACAUGUGGCAAAAAUCACGAUUCCCCUAAACUAAACGACGUCGUUAAGCCCCUUUACACUAAACUCGCCUACGUUUUGGGCCUUCGUGUCUCUCCUUCUCACCGGAGGCAAGGGAUAGGGUUUAAGCUCGUGAAGAUGAUGGAAGAGUGGUUUAGGCAAAACGGUGCCGAAUAUUCGUACAUAGCAACUGAAAAUGAUAAUCAAGCUUCGGUUAAUCUUUUCACCGGGAAAUGCGGUUACUCCAAGUUCCGUACACCGUCGAUUUUGGUCAACCCGGUUUACGCGCACCGGAUCAACAUCUCACGGCGAGUCACUAUCAUCAAAUUAGACCCGAGCGAUGCAGAAUCCUUAUACCGACUCCGGUUCAGCACAACCGAGUUUUUCCCGCGGGAUAUUGAUUCGGUGCUGAAUAACAAACUCUCCCUCGGAACUUUUGUCGCUGUUCCACGUGGCAGCUGUUAUGGAUCCGGGUCUGGAUCAUGGCCCGGUUCGGCUAAAUUCCUCGGGUACCCGCCUGAGUCAUGGGCCGUGUUGAGCGUGUGGAACUGCAACGACUCGUUUCGGCUAGAGGUUCGUGGCGCGUCGGGAUUGAGGCGCGUGAUGGCUAAAACGACGCGCGUGGUUGAUAAAAUGUUGCCGUUUUUGAAACUCCCUUCGAUCCCAUCGGUUUUUAAACCGUUUGGGCUUCAUUUUAUGUACGGAAUCGGAGGAGAAGGCCAACACGCGGAGAAGAUGGUGAAAUCGCUGUGUGGUCACGCGCAUAACCUGGCGAAAGAAGGAGGUUGCGGUGUUGUGGCGACGGAAGUCGCCGGAGAAGAGCCGUUGCGGCGAGGAAUACCAUAUUGGAAAGUAUUAUCGUGCGAGGAGGAUCUUUGGUGUAUUAAACGGCUUGGGGAAGACUAUAGUGAUGGUGCUGUUGGUGACUGGACUCAAUCGCCACCUGGCGUUUCGAUUUUUGUGGACCCUAGAGAAUUUUAAAGUUUUUUAACUGUUGAUAAUAAUUUAGAAACUUAUUAUUAACCUUCAUCUCAUAGUAAUGGAUUUUUCUUGUAUAAGCUUUUUUUAUGUUUUAUAUAUCAUGAUGGGUCUUUUAGUUUUAGAAUUAGUCUUCUUCCUAGGUAAUCUUCUUUUUUUUGUUUGUGGGUGUUAAAUUAGUGGUAAGAGGCAAUAUCUUCUACUUUUGGGUUUGUGUCUUCUUGUCUUGUAAAUGGAUCUAGCUUUUUAAGAUACUUUUUCUCUGGCCAA